GCUUUCCCGUUCCGUUUCUCUUUGUUUUGGCGCCUGAAUCCGUUGUAUCGUCGGGGGCUUGGACAGGAAAAUGGGAUCGCUGGAGACACCGACGAGGGUAGAGAACGGUUCUGCCCCGUUAACCGGCACCGGUAAAAUUUCUUCUGGCGAUGGGGAGCCUGUCGAAACUGCGUCGGAGAAGCCGCUGGAAUCCGAUACUCCAAAGAAGGGGAGAGCGUCUUUGCCUCCCCUGGAUGUUGGCACUCGGGUCAUGUGUCGUAAGAGGGACGGCAAGCUUCAACCCGUGAAAGUCAUCGAGCGCCGCAAGAUGAGUAAAGUGCGUCCCAUCGAUUACGACUGUUACGUCCAUUAUACCGAGUUCAAUAGGAGGCUUGAUGAGUGGGUGAAGGUUGAACAACUUGAUCUUGAUUUGGUGGAGGCUGUUGACGAAAAGUUGAAGGUGACAAGCUUGGAGAUGACACGCCAGCAAAAGAGGAGGAUUGAUGAGACACACCGUGGAGGGCCAUGAGAAGCUUGAUGCUUUGCUGCCAGCUUACGAGAACAUGAGGAAUUUACAAAAGUGAAGAAUAUUGCUGCCAUUAAAUUAGGAAGAUAUGAGAUUGAGACACGGUACUUCCCCCUUCCCAUCAGAAUACAAUGACUGUUUGAGGCUGUACUAUUAUGAGUUUUCCCUCGAUUUUAUGAAGUGCAAAGAACAGCUUCAGAGGCAUAUGAGGCAAAUGUGAUCUCAAGCAUCCUCCUGGUGAUGAGAUAUACAGAAGUGGUACAUUGUCAAUGUUUGAGGAGUGUAUUGAGAGAACAAAUAAUCAAAGGGUAAUAAUGGGCCCCUGUUCUUCACACACCUGCAGCAGGUGUAGAAAGUGAGCUAGGACUGAAGGUUGAUGGCAAAAAGAACAAGGUUUAUGGGCAGAAUCUCUGUUAUUGGCCAAGUUGUUUCUUGAUCACAAGACUCUGAUGAUGUUGACCUGUUCUGUUCUAUGUUCUGUGUGAAUGUGAUGAUCGAUCAUCGAGGAUGCCACAUGGUUGGCUAUUUCUCCAAGUUAAAUGUAUCCUUGUUGUCAUUGUUGUAGUUUGGCAUGAGAAGCUUCAAAUUCUUAUAUCAUGCAAUUUUGCACUCUGUUAUUUAAAAAAUGCCAAUCCUAUUUAUCGGCACACUGUAUGCAAUCAGCAAGGUCAACAUAUUCUGCAGAUUGCUUCAUUCGUGUAAUUAUUUUAAUUAAUUGUAAACUUCCACUUUUGAAGGAGCCAAUUUUAUUGUUUUCAGACAUUAGUUCUGUGACUGGAAGCAUGAAUGUGAUCUAGCUUAAAUAUUUGCAA